AUGGAAUCAUGUGUGCCUCUAGGAUUCAGAUUUCAUCCAACAGAAGAGGAGCUUAUGGGGUACUAUCUAAGGAAGAUAAACUCCCUAAAAAUCGAUCUAGAUGUUAUUGUUGAGAUUGAUCUCUACAAAAUGGAAACCUGGGAUAGACAAGAUAUGUGCAAGCUAGGAUAUGAGCAACAGAAUGAGUGGUACUUUUUCAGCCAUAAAGAUAAGAAGUAUCCUGCAGGAAUAAGAACUAACAGGGCGACUACUGCUGGAUUCUGGAAAGCAACUGGAAGGGACAAGGCUAUUAUGACCAAAAAUAAAAUCAUAGGGAUGAGGAAGACCUUGGUCUUCUACAAGGGACGUGCCCCUAAUGGAAGGAAAACGGACUAG